AUGGCGGAACCUGCAACCGUCCUCGCGAUCGUAGAGGGGCUUGGAAACACGGCAAAAUUCUGCUUUCACAUCAUCAGGAGAGCGGCACACGCACCAGAGGAGAUCAAGCAACUCAACGCCGAGGCAUGUAAUUGGCGACCGCAACUUCAGACUCUUUCAGAAUUCCUGGAGGACGAUGAUGAAUCUGCUGACCGUCUGAGGCGGAAAUUUGAGAAUGGAGGGCUGCUUGAAGUCAAAAGUAUCGUGGAGGACUUGAACCGUGUCUUGCAGCCAUUCCAGACGCCCAGUCUCCGAAAGAGGUUCACCUGGACCUUUGCGGCCGGAAACCAGGUCAAUGAGCUUUUGACUCAACUUCGGAAGGGGAUGGAAGUCAUUAUCAGCAGCCUGCAAAUCGAACAUGCUGUAAAACUCAGAGACGUGCAGAAUGAAAUUCGCCAGAUUCAGACCUCCCAAACCAACGAGUACGAAAGACGAAACAUUUUGCAGUGGCUCAAGCCUGAAGGCAUCGAUGCCCACGAAUUCCACCGCCAGAAACAAGCGUUACGAGAGGAGGGCACUUGUGACUGGCUUGCAAAUUCGUUGGAAUGGAACGAUUGGUGGAGGGGAGGCUCGGCCAACAACGCUCGUUUCCUUUGGAUACACGGACUCCCCGGCGCCGGCAAGACUGUCCUAGCAUCUUUUGCCAUCGACAACGUCAUAUCUAAAUACCAGCACAAAGGGGUCUCUUACUACUACUGCUCUCACGAACGCCAGAAACAGGGCCACACCUCAUCCCAAGAGGCAUGCUCAUUCCUCAGAUGGGUCAUCAGAGAUCUGACCGCUCAAGUCAGUCGCCCGAAAACGCGAACCUCGAAAAGCCAAGCGACAAUCCCGAAGAAGCUGGAGGACCUUUACGAGAAGCAUGAUCUCAAUGUCCAGAGUCUAUUGGAGUGCCUCCUGGCUGUGACGCAACACAUCGCAAAGGAGUUCAAGCAGCAAGUAUGUAUCGUUGUUGAUGCUGUCGACGAGAGCCCGGCGCCACGGGAUGCGCUGCUCAACAUCUUGACUACCAUUGGGGCGGAUCCCGAAUGGCAGCAUGUGUCACUCUGCUUCACAAGCAGGAACGAGGUCGAUAUUUCCACUGCCAUUAUGGCGAUUCAGCCCCCUCAGGACCGCCGCGGCCAGCACCCCACACCGACAACCCUGAAGAACCGUGUAUUCCUGACUCCGAAAAGGCCAUCAGAUCUACUCAAGGAACGUGGUGGCGUGAAUUUGUCUGGAUUCGAUGGCAUGCCCCCUCCUGCACCAGUCGGAAAUCCGUGGGAGCGCGGACGGACACCCUCGGGGGGUGCCUCCGAGUUCUCGCUUACUUCUCAGAGAACAAGUAGGUCGGAGAUCAGAGCUCCUUCAGGUGAUGUGCCAUCCUACCACAGCGGACCGGUACGAUCGAUAUCCAUGAGCCCCGCUGAGGAGUCAUACGGCUUCGACCCCAUGGAGAUCGAUUCUGUCGGCCAUUGUCUUCCUGGUGUUAGAAAGGCGGGCUGCACCAUUCUAUCCAUGGACGAAAACCCAGACGUCAAAGAGGCCAUCCGCAUCUUCGUAGCGAGCCAGCUACAUUCCAAUGGGACGUUCGAGACGUAUGCAGGCUUAAACAACGAAGGUCUACAGGAAGUCAUCAGUCUCAUUGCUAAGAGAGCAAAGGGGAUGUUCAGAUGGGCUGCAUGCCAAGUCGACAUCAUAAUCCGGUCGAACCUAUGCGACCUGGAUUCGAUCUCCGAGAUGCUCGAAAAGAUACCCCCGGACAUUUUCGGCACUUACGAGCACAUGAUAACAAAGCUGCUCCCGGACGGUCGGGGCCAAAAUGAACACAAUCGUAACUUCGCGCGCACUGCGCUGGCACUUAUCUGCAGUCCAUCUUCAGCAGUGCCAUGCGCCGAUGUGCUCGUCGAGGCGUCUCGAUUCGAUGUUCCACAUGGAAAUGCCCAUAACUUCGGCCUGACUCACCUUCAAAAGAUCCUUGGAUGCUUGAUCACGGUGUCAGCCCUCCCUCGGCGCCCCGAGACUAUCUACACCCGUGUCAGGGAUCACCGGUUGGAUCCAAACGAUCCCGAGGAGAGUGUCGGUGUCAAGACACAAGUUUCAGUGGCCCAUUACACAGUCAAGGAAUACCUUUUUGACAAGGAAACUGCACUGGGAGAGGUCAAGGAAUUCGCCUUGUCGAAAGAAUUGAUCGAGAAUCUGGAACUCCGAGUCAUCUUCGGCGGUCUGCGCCAGUUUGGCAGCUUCCGGCACCCUGAGGCGAGAUGCCCGAGCCGCUACGAAGAAUAUUGCCUAAAGAUGACCGACAAGGCUCUCAAAGAGCGGAGGGACCUCAUAAUUCAAGACAAAUCAGUUUGGAAAGAUGUGAUUGAGUGCUUGAAAUGGAACAGCAAACACAAUCUACCGAGAUCCGGAGCUUUUCCAAACCUGAAAACCAAAGCCAACUUUCCCAACUGGACAAAGACAUCUCCAUUCGAGCGAGAGAAUGAGCCAAAAAUGCCCGAGACAAGUGUUCUAGUCAGCCUGAUGUUGCUUCAGUGGCCGGAGCUAGCCAAGAUGUACCUUGCAGACCUUUCAGAGUCCACCAAGAGGGACAUCUGGAGAGACAAGUUCGAGCUGACGAGGAACUUCAAAGUCGAGGGAACCGAACCAAUGAGCGUGAUGCAACUGUCCGUAACGCGACGGGACGUUGACUUCCUUCAGGCCCUGAUUGACGCGAGGGCCGACUUCUCGGGCGAGAAAGAGCUGGUCAUGGACCUCUUCUACCACGCGUAUGGCCACAAGAGCCUGGACGACCAGGACGGCGGCGCCAAGACGGGCAAGAUGCUCAAGAUGCUCCUCGAGCGUGGAGUGCGGCCCGAGGUACCUGGCUAUGUCUUCACGCCGCUGCAAUUCGCCGUCAGCAACCUUGAAGACCGUUGGGUACAUGACUUGCUCUUCGAGGGAGCCAACCCCAACGCCACUGGCACGACCAAUGGGGUGUAUCCAUUUGGUGACGAAGUGCAGAUUGAAAAUAAUGACCGCUGGACCUGGACCCAGGCUCCCUUGAAAAUCUGCGAGAAUACAACACCUAAGUGGUACCACACUGAGUCAAGUUCGGACAAGGAGCUGAUGGAGGAUGCCAGAGAGAGGGUGAAAACUGCGCUGCUUCAGUGGGGAGCUGAGGUCCCCACUGAGGGUGCGGUGGUUGUUGACAGUGAUUAG